CUCCUCCAUCUCUGAUUCCAGCUGCACUCUCUCCUUUCCCCUCGUCUUACCUCUAUCUUGCAGCAAGAGCAGAGCGCGCAUCGCAACACAGACGCUCUUCGGCGCGGGGCCGAGCGACUCAUAUCACCGCUUCACCAUGUCAGCCCGCCCCGUCCAGCGUCGUCCACAACAUGUGGUCAAGCGACCUGGUGCGUCCGCCAUACGUCGGCCGACAAACCACGGCCCAGGCGCCAUCUCGCGCGGCAUUGUGACCCCCGGCUCCAAGAACGACGACGGGUAUCUUUACGUUGCGGGCGUCAAGGACGCCAGUAAGCGCAUGGUCGAGUAUCGGACGGAGAACGACGUGUGUCCCGUAUGCCAAACGGACAGGCAGUUCAACAAGAACCUGCGUCUGCUCGUGUCUCCAUGCUACCACAAAAUGUGCGAGUCGUGUAUUGACCGGCUGUUCACGCUUGGCCCGGAGCCCUGCCCGCAGUGCGGCAAGGUUCUACGUAAAGUCAACUUCGCACAUCAGACAUUCGAAGAUCUCAAAGUGGAGAAGGAGGUUAGCGUGCGGCGGCGCAUGAACGACAUCUACAACAAGCGUGAGGAGGAUUUCCCAACGCAGCGGGCAUACGACGACUACCUCCAAGAUGUGGAGGAUAUGACCUUCAACCUCCUAAACGACAUCGACGUGGCUGAGACGGAAGCCCGCAUCGCCGCGUACCAGAGCGAGAACGCGAGCUUGAUCACGAAGAACAAGCACAAGGCCGCGAUGGAGAGCAUGUCGGCGUCGGAGCGCGACGAGGUCGAGAAGCGCGCCAAGGCUGAGCGCGCGCGCAUGAUCGAGGAGGCCGAGCGCGUCGAGCGCGCCGCGGACGAGAAGGCCAAGGCCGAGAUCGUCGACGCCCUGUCGCGGCAGGAAGGCGGCGAGGCGCUCGCGCAGGAGAUCCGGCAGCGGCACGCCAAAGCGAAGGCCGACCGCGCCGCGGCGCUCGCCGCCGCCGUGCCGCCCAGCCUGGCGCUGCUGGCUAAAGACGACGGGCCGGUGCACUCGCCCAACUCGCCAGCUUAUGCCGGGCCAUACGUCCCGAUCCCGUACAAUGACCCUGACAAGGCGCCGUGGGCCGAGUGGUACGUCCUCAAGGACGCAUACGCAGACGGCCGCGCCGGCGUCGUCAAGGCCCGCGAGGACCGCGACAAGAUCUACCGCGCCGGCGGGUGGGAUGUGCGCGAGUACUGGGAGUACGAGGUGCGGUGCGCCAUCGAGUCGCUAUGCAUUGAGCCGCUCGAGUAAUAUCUGCAUGACAUUGUAACAUAGAUUGAUGUACACAGCUUUGCAUACUGUGAAUGGCUAUGGG